AUGGGCUGCGUUAUACUGAAAUGUCAAUCAUAUUCUGUGUCAGAACAUAUAUCUAUCCCGACAAUUUCAGCGUCAACCACAUCAACGAAUGACGCGGUUCGUCUCUCACCCCCUUCGCCGCCAGUCACUCAAGAAAUUCAAGUUGUCGAUGAAACAAGGCCGACAACAGUCAUUCUAUCACCCGAACAAUCUGUACCACCUCCCACAGUUCGUUAUUCUCAACGACAACAGUCGAACGCAAUUAUUCAUCAAUGUUCACACCUAGAACGACAAGAGAUACCAUCGUCUGUUUCCAAUGUAAUAUUUAUGGCACGACAUGAUGUUAUACGUUUUUAUCAAUGUUUCGCAUCUGAGCAAAUUCAAUUGGAUCUACGUGAUUGUGAAGUUGAUGAAAUUGAAGAUUUAAGUUUAAAUUUUGUCACUGAUUAUUCACAAGCGAAUUUUGAUGUUAAAUUAAAAUAUUUCCGACAUGAAUUAACAGUGAUCAAAGGUCGAAUAGGUGAUCAUCCAAAAGUACCGAUAAGAGUGAGAAGAAAUAGAGUGUUUGAUGAUUCAUUCAAAGAGUUGAAACAAUUUUCAAAACAACAGUGGAAACAACGAUUUGAUAUUGAAUUUAGAGGUGAAAACGGUCAAGAUGGUGGUGGUUUGUUACGUGAAUGGUAUUCGAUUAUGUGUGCAGAAAUGUUUAACGUAGAUUAUGGUCUGUUUCAACGGACACAAGAUGGUAUUUAUUCUUUGAAUUCAUUACCUCAUUUUGAUGAAAGACAUUUAUCUUAUCUUACGUUUAUUGGACAUUUAAUGGGCAAAGCAUUAUUUGACACGAUGUACGUGGAUGUGCAUUUUACACGAGUUUUUUAUAAACAAAUAUUGGAAGUGAAAAUUAAUGAUAUAGUCGAGGAUAUGAAAUAUGUUGAUGAACAGUAUUAUCAGAAUUUAAAACAUCUAUUAUCACACGAUAUAUCUACUUUAAAUUUGAUCGAUUUAACAUUUAGUGUCGAUGUACUUGAAUAUGAGGUUUUACGGACAUAUGAUCUAUGUGAGAAUGGACGAAAUAUUCCAGUGACAGAUGAAAAUAAACAUGAUUAUGUUCGACUUGUAUGUGAUUGGAAAAUACAAGGACCACAAAUACAGCGACAAUUAAAAGCAUUGUUAGAUGGUCUAUACGAUAUUAUACCUAGAGAUUUGUUAAAAAUUUUCAAUGAACAAGAGUUAGAAUUAGUUAUUGCCGGUUUAGCAACUAUUGAUCUGAAUGAUUUAGAAGCUAAUACAGAAUAUUAUGAUUAUUUACCAAAUUCUGAUCAAAUCGUGUGGUUUUGGAAAGUGUUACGUGCAUUCGAACCAUGUGAUGUUACUAAAUUUCUUCAAUUUGUAACUGGUUCAUCUCAAGUACCAUUACAAGGAUUUAAAUAUCUUGAAGGAAUGCAUGGAAUACAAAAAUUUCAAAUACACAAAAUUGACUAUUCAACUGAUCAAUUGCCAACAGCUCGAACAUGUUUUAAUCAACUCAAUUUACCGCCAUAUGAAACGUUUGAUAAAUUAUGUGAAAAAUUAGCAUGGUCUAUUCAAGAAUGUUCGACUGGGUUUGGAUUUGAUUAA